AUGGCGUUCAAGGAAGCCAAUAUACGGAGUGCCUUUAAGGCUUCAGGCUUAGUUCCGUACGAUCCAAGCCAGGUGCUUGACAAGCUGAUUUAUGAGGAUUUUGAUAGCCGGCCAAGCAGCCAAGACUCUCGGUCAACAAUCUCAAAGACGCCUGUUAAUACAAAUCAGUUUAAGAAGCAAGAGGCAAGGCUUGAACAACUGCUUAGUGGUGUAGCUGAUACACCAAUGAAGUCAGCCUUGGACUACGUCUUCAAAGGCGCUGAGAUGGCGUUAAACCGGGCGGUUUUGUUGGAACAGGAAGUUCGAGAACUCCGCUGGGCAAAUGAGAGGUUAAACACCAAGAAACGACGAAGAAAUAAGCAGCUUACAGGCCUUAACGGCUUCACUGUUGACGAAGCAAGGGAGGCAUUCCAACGCGAGUAUGAAAAGGAUAAAGCCCUUCAGAUUGAGGAUCAGAAUCAGCCUCGCCGCCGGGCACCUCCCAGGUGCAGCGAGUGCGGUGUUCAAGGACAUAUACGUACGAGGUGUCCAAAUCGAAGAACUGUGUAA